GUUUAUGGCGGUGUUAAGAUUCAUAAGCCGUAACUUUGUGAGCAUAUCGUUUCCCGUUUUGACUGCUACAGCCAUCUGGUUUGACUGGAAUCACACCAGGAAGUGGAAGUUGCAGCAGAAGCUCCAAAACUAAGAUGGCUCUCUUCGGCAUCACCCUACGUUAUGUCUGGUUUGCAGUGCCAAUGGGUGGUUUCAUGAUUGGCAAGUUCCUGGAUGACCAGGAGACACUGAGGAUGACUAACUUCAGAGACAAGUCCAGUCUCUACGGAGGCUUGGUCGAGGAUGGUGAAAAACCAACCUGGCCUUGAAAAACUAAUGUAUGUAGUGAUUAUGUCUCAGUUCUAAUAAAUAGUUGUAUCCGUUAAAA